AACCAUCAAUAAUGUAAGAAUAUAUAUAUAUAUAUGUAUGUAUGGUAGUGUUUUGGUGCUACCUAAACAUAAUAUGUUAGUUUAUGUAGAUGGAUUAAUUACCAGCACGUAACUGCGACGACCAUUCGUCUUCGUCUCUCUCUAAAUUCCUCUUAAAACAAAAAAAUAAGAAGAAAAAAUUAAAAAUUAAAAAACUCUCCGCUUAUACUUUUCUCUCCGACUUCUCUCAAAAUCUCCCGAUAUGGACGAGCCCGACUCCGACCAACCCGCGGCGCAACGCUUCCAAAACGUCGUCGUCAUGCGCCACGGCGACCGCAUCGACAACUUCGAGCCUCUCUGGGUGUCGCAGGCAGCGAGACCAUGGGACCCGCCUCUGAUCCAAGCGGGCAAGGAUCGGGCCUUCUGCACUGGCACGAAGCUCCGAUCCGAUCUCGGAUUCCAAAUCAAUCGGGUCUUCGUCUCGCCCUUUAUACGCUGCAUCGAGACCGCCGUCCAAGUCGUCACCGCUCUCUCCGCCAGCGAACACCCUAGUCUCUCCAAAUACGAAAGCGACCAGCCCCUCCCUGUCGAUCCUUCUAAGCUCAAGGUCUCAAUUGAAUAUGGGUUAUGUGAGAUGCUGAACAAGGAGGCCAUCCGUGGCGACUUGGCUCCAAAAGAUGGGCAACGAUGGGGUUUCAAUAUAGCAGAGCUUGAGGCUUUGUUCCCUGCUGGGACAGUGGAUCAAACUGUGGAACGAGUGUACAAAGAGUUGCCCCAGUGGGGAGAGAGUGUGACGGGUGCACGGGCUAGAUACGCUGAGGUCAUUCAGGCCCUUGCAGAUAAAUACCCUACAGAAAAUCUGCUCCUUGUCACUCAUGGUGAAGGAGUUGGUUCAUCAAUUUCUUUAUUCCUGGAGGGCGCCACAGUUUAUGAAGUAAAUUACUGUGCAUAUUCAGAACUAAGAAGGCCUGUCUUCGACAAAGACCAGCCAACAACUGCUGGGAAGUUUGAGGUAGUGAAAAAUCUUCGCCAGACUGGUCUCAGUUACUCGCUUGAAAUUGCGGAUACAGUUGAUUUAAGCUUACCAUCAGAGUAACGACCGUGUAAUAUUGCCUUCUUUCUAGCGUGCUUGACUGCAUUUUUACACCAAAACUCCAAUUAUUGGAAUUCAUUCCAGGGCUGGAUGGUUUACGAAUUGAUCAGACAAUAGUUUCUCUUUUACGUUUUCUUUUGCAACUUCAGUUCCAUGUCUUUGCGACCAGGCUAAGAAGGCUCAGGUUCGAAAGAACUGAAGCAAAAGCUUCUUUUUUACUUCAGAACAAGUUCCCUUCACCCCUCCGCCCCCCCUUCUUUCUCCUUUAUCAAUAUGAUCAUGUGCUGCUUCAAUCACUAACUGAAAAA